AUGGAUUGCAUCUUUUUUUUUCUUAAUUUAGAUACAAGUGGAGAUGGAGGAGGUGCAACCGGAGCUAUCAUUGGAGGUGUAGUUAGUGGUGUGGUUGGCCUUAUAAUUCUCAUACCUUGCUGUUUGAUUAUAAGUGGUGGACUCACAUUUCCGUGCCUAAAAGGUCGACCAUUACGUUCAAGUAGUGUUUACAUUAAUAGUGGAGGUGCAUGGAGAUAUCAUUUAAGCGAUUCCAUCUUUAUAUCAGGUACAUUUUCAAGUUAUUAUUAUCAAUAUGGGAGAUAUCAUGGACCAUUUAAGAUAAACCUUGCAUUCUAUCCAGAAGCUAACUAUGUUGUUCAUGGAGGAGGAACAGAUGAUAUAGGGACUUAUGUUAUAACAGGUAUUUAUUCGCCAAGAACUCUUCGAAUGAGUUUGAAAAAACAAUAUCAAUCUGGAACAGUUGAUCCACGAGAAGAUUUGGGUCAUAUAGUGACAAUUCAGGUAGAAUGGAACCAUUAUAAUCAACAGUUUGAAGGCAAAUAUUAUCUUCGAACAAGACUACAUAAAGAUGAAAAUCAAUUUGUAAUUCGAUAUGAAGGUGCAUCAGGUUAA